UUAACAUUUCUUUCCAACAGAUGAUUUCACAUAAAAUAAUACAAGGUGGUUAUUUUAAUGACACAUUGAGAAGUUGGCAAACAAGAACAUCCAGAAUCGAUCCUCAAUGCUUGAUUUAUCCUAUUUUUAUCAGCUCAGAUGAAAAUGUGCUUGAAGAAAUAAAACGUCUUCCAGGGCAAUACAGAAUUGGGGCUAACAAGCUCAAAGAACACCUCCGACCUGCUGUUGAAGAUGGCUUAAGAACAGUUUUAUUAUUUGGGAUAAUGAAAAAUGAACACAAGGAUGAUAUGGGCAGCAACAUUAUUUCAACACACCAUAAUCCAGUCUUUCAAGCUAUAAAAGUUUUAAAGCAAGAAUUUCCUUCUCUUACUAUUGCAUGUGAUGUUUGUUUAUGUGGAUAUACAUCACAUGGUCAUUGUGGCGUUUUGACAAAUAGUGGUGUGAUUGACAAUAGAAAAAGUGUCGAGUUGAUAUCAAAUGCUGCAUUAUCCUAUGCCCAUGCUGGUUGUGAUAUUGUGGCACCUUCAGAUGUCAUGGACGGACGAAUAAAAGCUAUCAGCGAUGCUUUAAAAAAAGAUAAUAUAAGAAACAAGGUCAGUAUUAUGAGUUACUCAGCUAAAUUUGCUUCUUGUUUCUAUGGACCGUUUAGAGAUGCAGCUGGUUCUGCUCCUACUUUCGGUGACCGUAGAUGUUACCAAUUACCUCCCGGGGCAUCUGGAUUAGCAAACCGAUUAAUUUCACGUGAUAUCAAGGAAGAGGCAGACAUUUUGAUGGUGAAACCAGGCAUGAUAUAUCUGGAUGUUGUAAAAGAUACUAAAACGAAGUAUCCAAAUCAUCCGUUAGCCAUUUAUCAGGUUUCUGGAGAAUAUGCUAUGUUGUAUUACGCUAGCCAACAUGGAGCGUUCGAACUAAAGAAAGCUGUUUUUGAAUCACUAGAGUCAAUGCAUCGAGCUGGCGCUGAUAUCUUAAUCACGUAUUACGCACCUCAAGUUCUGAAAUGGCUGAAAGAAUAAAUUGAUAUAUCUUAGAUAUUUUUGAAUUGAAAAUUGACGUUAAUUGUUAACGUUAAUGCUCGAUGACGCGGCUCUCUCGAAAAAAGGCGUCUCUUGAAUAAACACCCACUCUUUCUUGUAAUUUUUUUUUCUAAGCGCCCCUCUCUAACAUGCGCCCAAAAGCUGUUAUUUGACCAAAUUUCUUGAGGGGCGCUUAUUCAAAUAUUUUAGAAAUUAGAAAAACUUCUUGUCCCGUUACACGUUAAACACUUGGUAUAAGAUAAGAUUACACAAACACAGUUCAUAUAACGAUGAUAAAGAAACCUUCUUAUGAAAUGUAAAGUGAAGUAACAUUUUAUAUAGUUUUUACUGUGAGAACAGGAAAAUUGUUCAUAUGUUUUUGUUCCUUAUAUAUUUUCCUGCUUUUUAGUCUUAGAUAUUUUUAAUUUAAAAUACAUUGUUCACUGUCUGAA